AUGGACGCCUCAACCCCCAAGGCGAUUCUGACCUCCGAGAAUUUCGCGCAUGCACAGGAGAUCUCACGGGCCACCUCACCCGGGGGUGAACCGUCCACUAUCAACGGCGAUGGCGAACCUAAAGCUCGUGUCCGUCCUCGCACUUACCCCUACUUUAAAUAUCUACCCUAUCAACUAGAGGAUGAAGGCGAGCGGGAAAAGGCCCUCCGCGAGAUUCUGAAUCAGCUCUACAUCUCUGUGGAAGCUGGAGAUUUCAGUCCCGGAGCUGUCCACUGGACACGCGAGCUGCGAGGAUGGCUUUCACUUAAAUUUGAUCCGAAGCGCAAGGACCGAGUAAAUCUCGUGAAGCUCUAUUAUGAACUUUCUUUGGCUCCGGGCAUCGACCCUAGUGUCUCAGAGCGCUUCGCCAGCAUGUUCAUGCUUCUUACAAAGUUGGUUUGCUCCGCCAUUUUCGCCCCCAAUGGAGAGGUACUAAUAAGAUUGCACCCCAGGCGAAAGCACUACCUCAAGCCAGUGAAGGACCUCAUCCUGGACUGGAGACCACUUUACAAAGAACUCAAGGCCUUCGUACUCCCCGCUGAAUCCGGCCUCGUGCAUUCGACUAAUCUCAAGCGAAAUGUGAAAACACUGACCAAGCUUUGCGCAUUCGCGCAGCUUUUCAUUGACCCGUGCGAGCUCCCUGCGAUGCUUGAAGAAUUUCUUCCCCAUUACACAACCUCAUUUUCCGAAGGCGCUUUUGUGGUCGCCGGUCUGAUUAAUUUGAUGCUUCCAACAUCUCCACCACCAGCCGACCGGGAAGACCUAUUACCGCAAAAUCACUUGCCCACCCAAUUCCAUCUGUGGUCACUCGUUGGUCGCUCGAAGACAUUUGACACCACCUACCUCGAUUAUCUGUCUCGACUGGCUCGGGACUCACUUCCAGCCGAUCAUAUUCCAUUUUCAGAACAUGGUGUGUUUACAAAGGAGCAGUCGUCGCUCAUUUUUACAGCGGUCUUGAGACUGCUUGAGAUCCCCGUAGGCCAGUCUACUUCACCAUACAGUGCUCUAGUUGAUAUCUCCUCCGGGCUCGGUAUCAUGCUUGACCGCGAUACCCGAAAGCAUCCGGUGGCCCAUCAUAUUGCUCGAUGGAUCGUCAUGUCACUUUCUCCUGCCUGUCUCGAAUCAGAAGAUUCGAUUCUCACUCAACUCGAAGGUCUGAUUCAAGCUGUUGAGACUUUCUUCCAUCCUUCCAAUUCCGGCAGCUGGACCAAAACUCUAUCGCAGCUCGUAUAUUACCUGACAGAUUUCUUUGUGAUGCGCUGGAACCGCGAGCAGAGUGGUGAGAUGGAUGUCCCAGCGGAGCGACGACUUAAUGAAGCAUUGAAGCGUCGAUUCGUUAUCUGCCUCAGAGAUGUAAUUUUCAUGGGUAUUUACGCCAAAAGCAGCACCGCCAUGACUUUCUCUCUCUCGACACUUCAGGGCCUUGCGUACUUGGAACCACAUCUCAUUCUGCCAGGUGCUCUCCAAAGAAUUUAUCCUUCCCUUCAAGGACUAGUUGAGGUACAUCGGACAACGUCUUCCCUACGCGCUAUGCAAGUACUUUCUCGCGUUAUCACCCGGUCUAGAGGAUACCGCUGUCAUAUGACAACCCUUCUUGGGCUAGCCUUGCCUGGUAUAGACGCCAACGAUCUCGAGAAGUCUCUCCAUGCUCUAUCAUUCAUUCAGUCAGCGUGCUAUAAUAUCCCCAUGGUGGAUAUGACUGCCGGGCGAGAGGAUGUCAACUGUAAUAUGCUUGCGAUGCAAUGGAUUAGCGGCGAAAUGGAGAGAAUGGAGGAGCAAGGAGCAGAUGUACAGCUCAAUUAUGAAACGGAGUUGGAUGAUGAGACUGAAGAGUUAAUUCUUCGCUCAUCGACUUGCGGCUUCGGCGAUUUCAUAAUCUCAUUCCUGGGGCGAGUCUUUACACUCCUGGAAAACCUCCCGGACGUGACAAGAGUCCGCAAUGGCUCACCAGAGGAAAACAUUGUCAACACUCUCCCUGCUACUUUCAUGCCCCUCUUGGCCUCUCUUUCGCCGGAGUACUAUGAUAUCGCUCUGUCAAAGAUUGUGGAUUUCGUCUCCAACCACGUUAUCCACCAGGCCCGUGAUGCAAUGGCUUUCAUUUGCAAUGCCCUUUGCAAAGUUAACCCCGAAAAAGCUCUCAAGCGCUUCAUUCCUGUCCUCACCCAGGCGAUCCGCACCGAGAUCGAAGAGAAUGGCGCUGGUUCGACCAGAACUACCGGAACAGAUGUUCUUCCACGCGACCGCGGCUUAGUUUGGAACGUCAGUAUGCUGAGCAUGUGCGUGGUCCAUGUGGGCGAUGCUGUUCUGGCUCACCGACAGGAACUAUUCGACAUUGCUGUGUACAUGCAAAAGAAGUGUCAAGGCAUUCCUACAGUGCACAUCUCCAAUUUCAUUCAUCACCUCCUGCUUAAUCUGACUGGAACCUACACCAGAGAUUUUUCUCUCUACGAGCCAUCAGAUAUCAAGGAUGGCAUUCAGCCAAAGCAUUGGAGCUACAUACCCAGUGUGGAGAAGCUGAGCAUACAGUGGCAUGUUCCGCAGCGAAAAGAGCUUGAAUUCGCAGUGGAAGUAUUCGAGAAUCAAGCAGAGUCUGCUCUCCGUCAUCUGGUGGGACUGACGAAUGAGACAUCGAGCAUCAAACGCGAUGGUAGUGGAAAAGAGUGGUCGGAUGAGGUCACCCGCAAUUUGGUCCUUCUCCGUCUUCUCCUUUCUGGUAUUUCGGUACUUUUUGACCCCAAAGCUGCCUCAAAGACUUCGCCAGAGCUUGCAGAUGUCGUGGAUGCAGCCUCGGCCAAGUUUUCCGAUGGUUUUAAUGAUGCAGACUUUAACGGGCUUAGCGAGACGGAGGCCGACUCUCUGCUUGAUAGCUCAGAUGAGGUAUCUGCUAAAGAAAGUUUUACUUAUCCUACCGGCUAUCCUCUUACUGAAGGUGAUGCUCUUUACAAUACCAUUCACGGACUUCGUGAACGAGCAGGCUGGGUACUCCAUGAGGUGCAUCGGUUCUUGAGUGACAAACAGGAAGAUGAUGUACCGUGCUUCGGAGCACUUUACUCAGCCUUCCGCUCUUGGUUCGUGGAUGUUGGCAUCGAAAGAUCCGCCCAUGUCUUGGACCGUGUCACCCGACUUCUCGCCGCAGAUAUCCACCCAUACAAGAUGAGUGGAAUUCGAAAAGACUAUCCAAGAGCUUUGCUUGUGCGCAGAGCCAAUGUAUAUCAUCUCCAACGCCUGCGACACAAUGCUGCACCACGCACGCGGUCCAAACUCGACGAAAUUCUUCUAUUUGACCUUGCGGAAUCCUGUGUGUCACUUUACACAGAGACCCGCCGCAACGCUCAGAAUGCUGGAGAAUCGGCGCUCAAGUCUGUCUGGGGUGCGCGAUCGCUCAUUAUUCCACCUCUUUUGAAAGCAUUGCAGAAAGGUGUACGGGAGAACGACCAUGCCCGUAUUAAGGGCGCUUUAUACUCUCUUCUUCUUAGUAGCGUCGCUAAGACUGCUGGGCGGAACUGGAAAUACACUCCAACCCUCAUUCGAACCUUCAUUGAGGCAAGUGCUGUCGAUAAGCCCUCCGUGCAAAAGAUUUGCUCCACUGCUGUGUUCCAAAUAAUGGACUACGGCCGUGCCAUGGAGCGAAUGGCUAUCCUUGACCAGAGCAUUGUGGAGGCCAUUGCACCGGCAAAUGAUGUCACUUCUGAAAUUGAGCAGAAGCGCAAGGGCAUCAACAACAAGAGAGCUUCUAUCGAAAAGAAGAAAGCCGAUCUCGCGGAAGAGUUGGUUAAUCUCGCACGGGUUUCACACUGGAAGAUUGCCAGUCGCGCCGCGACCAUUGUCAUCACCAUGGGUCUUCGCUUCGACUACAUUGCUAGCGAAAAUUUGAUCGAGCUGGUGACGCUCGGCUCGAUUGACGACCACCCAGGUCUGCGUGGCAUGUACUCGCAAGCUCUCAUUGCCCUCUUCACCAUGAUUGAUGUACGUGCCAUCUGCAGCCACGAGUACAAGAAUUACAUACUGGGUCAUCAGCGCUUUCCUGCAAAGAUAAAGGUGGCAACCCGUCCUUAUGAAGAGGGAUGGACGCAGGAAUAUUUGUCUAGCUUCGCUAAGCCAGAGGCUGAAUACUACGUUGACCAUGAUUACCCCGGUUGGCUACUAUGGUCCAAAACAAUGCCUGCUUACAAGUCCAAUGUGGAACGAGACAUCGAAUAUGAUGAAGUGGAAUGGAAUGUCCGAACGCAGAUGGGCAAGUUGUUCACUCGCGAGUGGUUCUCCAAAUUUUUCAGGUAUCUGAAGCAAGAGCCUCGGGAUCCAUCGGCAGACAAAUUCCGGAUGUCCUGUGCCAUGAUGCUUCUGUAUGCCUUUGAGCUUCUGCUUCGGGACGGUCUCACAGCUGCCUCGUUCAAAGAUAUUCAAGAAGAGAUCCAACUCGUAUUCGAGGAUGGUAGUGAUAAGCACCAACACCGUGCUACUGCAGAAAUCCUUGGGGCGCUCAUCAGCUCUGUGGCUGAUACUACAGUGGAAAGGCGAGCUACAGUUUGGGAGUAUGUUUUCCCUAUCGUGAGGAAAAUCUUCAGCGAUGGCCUCACCCCGGAGAACUCUGGCUAUUGGACCACUUUUCUUCACAUGAUCCUGCAGUGCCGUGAUCCUCGACGAGCUUGGCCUUUGGUUGACUGGUUGGCUAGCUUCCGAUUGGACAUGUCGACCAAUGCAGCCUUCAAGGAGAGUUCCAAGAUUAAUCUCCUGCAUCAGUGCAUCAUAGAUGCUGGUUGGCACUUCCAACUCGAUAAGCCGAUUGUGCAAGAUUUCCUCGCCCAUUUGGAUCACCCAUACAAAGGAGUCCGUGAGGCUAUGGGCCAAACCCUUGCCACCAUCUACCGCACAAGAUACCACGAGUCUUACCCAGAUCUUCAGCACCUGUUAGACGACCAGAGAAAGGCUUCGUCGGUUGGCAGCUAUCCGUAUCGUCCUUCUGAUGAGUUUUCCGCUAUGGUCCGGGGCGUUUUCGAUAAGAUUGAGGCUUGGCGACACGACCGAGUCCCAGGCCAGCAAACUCCAUCGUCAUACACUUCGGGUAGUAAAACGGUACUUCUGUGGCUGGAUUCAACAUUGUCCUCCCACGAAUGCACACAGCUUGUACCGUUCUUCCCCGACGUGUUUACCGCCCAGCUUCUGCACAUGAUGGAUGUCAAAGAAGACCCUGAACUACAGUCUUUGGCAUACCAUGUUUUCCGCCAUCUUCCUAACAUUCCAUAUCCAGCGGAGAAGAACUCUCAGUUUAUUCAAUCUCUUAUUCGUAUCGGCCAAACAUCAACCUCAUGGCACCAACGUCUCCGCGUCAUGAUCAACAUCCAAAUCAUCUAUUUCCGCCGUUUAUUCCUCCUCGACUCCUCCGACCGAGACAGGCUAUUUGAAUGCAUCGCGGCCAUGCUGGAAGACCCCCAGCAUGAAGUACGAGCUGGUGCUUCAGCCACUCUUUCUGGUAUGAUCCGUUGCUCGCCUGUCUAUCUACGCAACAAGAUGGUCCACCGAUUCCAAGAACGCUUCACCAGGGUUCUGGCCGAGAAUCCCCUUCCGAAGAAACCCAGGGCCAUCCGGUCCGGUCUAUCAUCUGCAGUGUCCUCAGGUGCUGGAACUCCUACGCCCGAGCACAACCGUCUGAUUAUCGUCCGUCACGGAGCGGUCCUGGGAUUGGGUGCUCUCAUCCAGGCAUUCCCUUACAACAGUCCUCCUCCCAGAUGGAUGCCAGAGGCGCUCACCACUCUGAGUAUUCGUGCUGCCAGUGAUCCCGGUGUUGUCGGAUCUAGUGUUAAGUCAAUCAUCAGCGACUUCAAGAAGACACGACAAGAUACUUGGCAUAUUGAUGCGAAGGCCUUCACCUCCGACCAACUGGAAGAUCUCUCUGGCGUCCUCUGGAAGAGCUACUUCGCAUAA